AUGAAGCUUCUCGCCGCUGCUGUGAGCUUGAUCAUAGCCGCCGAAGGCGCGAGCGUUGGAACCAACGUUCAAUCCUUUCUACAGCAGGUCGUUGGACUCGAUGCGAGGUCCAAGCCUAACAUUUUGUUGGUUAUCACCGACGACCAAGAUCUUGAACUCGACUCGGUCGCAUACACUCCGCUCAUUCGAAAACACCUGCGCGACAAGGGCACCUUUUUCCGCAAUCAUUUUGUCACGACGUCGCUCUGCUGCCCCUCGCGGGUCAGCCUCUGGACAGGGCGCCAAGCACAUAAUACCAAUGUGACCGACGUCCAGCCGCCCUACGGUGGGUAUCCCAAGUUCGUCGAGCGCGGAUUCAAUGACAACUUCUUGCCGGUUUGGCUGCAGGAGGCCGGCUACGACACAUAUUAUACCGGCAAACUCUUCAAUGCUCAUACAGUCGAUAAUUACGACAGUCCCCAUGUAAAUGGUUACAACGGAUCUGACUUCCUUCUGGAUCCGUACACCUACUCCUACUUCAAUUCGACCUAUCAGCGUAAUCGCGAUCCUCCUGUGAGCUACGAGGGCCAGCACACCAUGGAUGUCAUCACGGAGAAAGCCCUAGGCUUCCUGGAUGAUGCAUUGGAAGGUGACCGACCCUUCUUUGUUACAAUUGCGCCUAUAGCGCCACAUUCGAAUGUCGAUCCCCGUGCUAUUGCGACCGGCAACAUCACUAUGAGCGCCCCGAUCGCCUUGGACAGGCACCAGCAUCUAUUUGAGAAUGUCAAGGUGCCCCGCACCAAGCACUUCAACCCCGACGAGCCGAGCGGCGUCAGUUGGGUUCACGACUUGCCCCAGCAGAACCAGACCGUGGUGGAUUACAAUGACUACUUCUAUCGCUCUCGUCUACGGGUGGAUGAGCUCGUGGACGAUCUGGUCAAGCGACUGGAAGAAAGCGACAAGUUAAGCAAUACAUAUAUCAUCUAUACCUCUGACAAUGGAUUCCACAUCGGCCAGCACCGAUUACCACCGGGCAAGACCUGCGGCUUUGAAGAGGACAUCCGAGUGCCUUUAUUCAUUCGAGGCCCUGGGAUUCCGGAAGGCCAUUUGCAGGAUUCGGUAACGACUCACAUCGAUCUGGCUCCCACUAUCUUCAACCUGGCGGGCAUCCCACCACGCCCGGAUUUUGAUGGCACUGCAAUCCCAUUGACGCUCGAAUUCGAUGGAUUGCGCCAUGAGCACGUUACAGUCGAAUUCUGGGGAAAGGCUGUCAUGGAAGGUACCUUUGGCGGUAUCGGCCCCGCUGGCGACGCGAUGAUUCCCAACAACACGUACAAGUCGCUUCGCCUCCUGGGAGAGGGAUAUAACUUAUACUAUUCUGUCUGGUGUAACAAUGAGCAUGAACUCUAUGACCUUUCGACGGACCCUUAUCAACUGCACAACCUUUAUCCACUUGGUGCUCAAAUGGAUGAUGGAGAGCCUAGGAUUCUUGGUCGCAGCCUUUUUCAGGCCAUCAACAGGCUGGACGCGCUUCUUCUCGUGCUCAAGUCCUGUCAGGGGGCGACCUGCAUCCAGCCAUGGAACGUUCUCCAGCCUGAGAACUCAGUUAGCAGCCUUAGGGAUGCUCUUGACAAGCGGUAUGAUGCUUUCUACCAAGCACAGCCCCGAGUUUCUUUCGACUGGUGUGCUGCAGGCCAUAUUCUCGAGGCCGAAGGUCCUCAAGUGCCGUUAACCACCCGUUAUGGUAUUUCUUGGGAUAACUGGGUGUAG